AAGCCAAGAUAAGGACGAUGACAUUUGCCCUGAAAGACUGUCCCAUCAGGGCGUCGAGGAUGGGAGUGACGUCUGCGUGCCCGACUGCCUCCCGCUCCAGCUCAUGACCUGCCGGCCCCCAACAGAGCAGUUGUCUGAUGACGACCCUUUCGCCCAUGGGUGCCACCGUCUAAGGGCAACUGGAAGCUGAGGAAAGCCAAACCCUGGGACUCGCAGUGACGGAGCAGCCCCCUUGCCCCCUGCCGCCUGCCUUCCCAGGAUGAACCGCUACACGACCAUGUGCCAGCUGGGGGAUGGCACCUACGGGAGCGUGCUGAUGGGCAAGAGCAAGGAGUCCGGGGAGCUGGUGGCCAUCAAGAAGAUGAAGAGAAAGUUCUACUCCUGGGAUGAAUGUAUGAACUUGAGGGAAGUGAAGUCUCUGAAGAAACUUAAUCAUGCCAAUGUGAUUAAACUGAAAGAAGUUAUCCGGGAGAACGACCACCUCUAUUUUAUAUUUGAAUAUAUGAAAGAGAACCUCUAUCAGUUAAUGAAGGACAGAAACAAGUUGUUCCCCGAGUCAGUGAUCAGAAACAUCAUGUACCAGAUACUGCAAGGGCUGGCGUUCAUCCACAAGCACGGCUUCUUCCACAGAGACAUGAAGCCCGAAAACCUGCUCUGCAUGGGUCCCGAGCUCGUGAAAAUCGCCGACUUUGGCCUUGCCAGGGAGCUGCGGUCACAGCCACCGUACACAGAUUAUGUCUCCACUCGGUGGUACCGUGCACCCGAAGUCCUGCUCAGGUCCUCGGUCUACAGCUCCCCCAUUGACAUGUGGGCAGUGGGCAGCAUCAUGGCAGAGCUCUACACCUUCAGGCCCCUUUUCCCAGGAACCAGCGAGGUCGACGAAAUCUUCAAGAUCUGCCAAGUUUUAGGGACCCCCAAAAAAAGCGACUGGCCGGAAGGGUACCAGCUGGCGUCCUUGAUGGACUUCCGUUUCCCUCAGUGCAUCCCCAUAAACCUGAAAACGCUGAUCCCCAACGCCAGCAACGAAGCUAUCCAGCUCAUGAUGGAAAUGCUCAACUGGGACCCGAAGAAGCGGCCCACGGCCAGCCAGGCCUUGAAGCAUCCCUACUUCCAAGUGGGCCAAGUGCUGGGCCCACCCGCGCACCAUGCGGACGCCAAACAGUCUACCAGCAAGCCGGUGCAGCCGCCCGGAGCCAAGCCGAGCAUGCGUGGGGGAGAAGCCAAGCCCCUGCCCUGUCUCAAGGACGCGGGGACCCCUCAGCCCAAGCAGGCCCACCCGCCCCUGAAGCCCAUCCAGCACCCAGCCAACACGCCCGGCCCGCCCGCAGCCAGGCUGCACGCGCCCCAGAGGCAGAUGUCCACCUUCUUUCCCAGCAUCGUCAAAAACAUGCCCGGGAAGCCUAGUGCACCCCAGAGCCACAAGAGCGGCCGACGACGAUGGGGCCAGGCCGUGUUCAGGUCUGGGGACAGCUGGGACGAGCUGGAGGACGACGUGGCCUUGUCGCACUCCAAGAAGCCCAGCAUGGGUGCCAGCAAGGACAAGAGGCGGAGAGACUCUCCUUUCCGGUUCCCCGAGCAGGUGCCCACGCGUAGCAGUGUCCAUGGGCGGGAGAACAAGGAUGUGUCCACUGCCGGGACGCUGAAGGGGGACUCAGAGUCAACGGCUGUGGGCCCCAUGUCCAAGGCCAAGCAAUACUACCUGAAGCAGUCACGGUACCUGCCAGGUGUGAACCCCAAGAAUGUGGCCCUGAUGGCCGGCGGGAAGGACAUGGCCCCCAGCAGCUGGUCGGGACAGGUGUUCCCCAGGUCCAUCGGGGCCGAACUCGCUUUCCAGAGGAGCAACGCAGGACACCCGGGUCCUCAGGGCCCGCCCGGGUACGUCCCAUCCUUCCUCAAGAAAACGGUGGGCUCGGCCGGCCAGAGGAUGCACUUCGCGGCGCCUGGAGCCACGGCUUCAGAAUAUUCCUGGGGCUCACGACCCGGUCGGGCCUUCUCCGGAUCCACCUUCCACACUGCGACCCACAACAUGAGCAUGGUGCCCCGCGCGCCGGCCCUGUCCUCGGUGCACGGGCGGACGGACUGGAUGGCCAAGUACGGGGGUCACCGGUAG